GGACUUUUGUUGUGGCGGUGAGGAACAGGAAGCCCUGAAGGGUCAAAAGGAAUACAAACGCAAAGACUGUUUUCUUAUUCUUCCUUUUUUUCUAAAGAUCGAGCGGCGUUUGCGGUAGCAGUUCGGGGUGGGCGCUACCGAGGAGAGGGUGUCUCGCCUCCCGCGCGUCGGUAGGUGGGGCCACCGAGGCUCCUGGCGAGGAGCGGGCUCCAAUUCCAGAGGUCUUGGGACGGCUCCAGGCUACCCAGGAGAUGUGGGGAUGCCUGGUUGGAAAUGGUUGAAUCACAGCACAUUCUCGGACCCCAUCCCCGGAUAGUCUGACUGAGUAGGUGUGGAGUGGGACCCAGGAAACCAGGCGUCGGCCUGGGGGGUCAGAAUUCCCCAUGACCUCGUGGGUACCAGCUGCGAGACUGAUUGUUCCACUAUGGAUGGAGGGGAUGAUGGUAACCUUGUCAUCAAAAAGAGAUUUGUGACCGAGGCAGAACUAGAUGAGCGGCGCAAAAGGAGGCAAGAAGAAUGGGAGAAAGUUCGAAAACCUGAAGAUCCAGAAGAGUGUCCAGAGGAGGUUUACGACCCGCGGUCCCUGUACGAGAGGCUGCAGGAGCAGAAAGACAGGAAGCAGCAGGAGUACGAGGAGCAGUUCAAAUUCAAAAACAUGGUGAGAGGCUUGGAUGAAGACGAGACCAACUUCCUUGAUGAGGUUUCUCGGCAGCAGGAAUUAAUAGAAAAGCAGCGAAGGGAAGAAGAGCUGAAAGAACUGAAGGAAUACAGAAGUAAUCUCCACAAAGUUGGCAUUUCUCCAGAAAACAAGAAGGAAGCGGAGAAGAAAGUGGCCGCGAAACCCCUAGAAACCAAGAGCAAGUUCUCCCAGGCAAAGCUGUUGGCAGGAGCCGUGAAGCACAAGAGCUCAGAGAGUGGCAACAGUGUAAAAAGACUGAAAUCGGACCCUGACCCAGAUGACAAGAAUCCAGAGGCCCCGUCCUGCGUGUCUCUCGGAAGCACGUCCCUGAGCAGUCCCUCCAUCCACUGCCCCUCCGCUGCGGUCUGUAUCGGCAUCCUCCCGGGCCUGGGCGCCUACUCGGGAAGUAGCGACUCCGAGUCCAGCUCUGACAGCGAAGGCACCAUCAAUGCCACCGGCAAGAUCGUCUCCUCCAUCUUCCGAACCAACACCUUCCUCGAGGCCCCCUAGCUCCCGAGUCCUCGCCGCAGGGAGCCCCUCCCUGGGAGGGGACUGGGUGGCGCAUCUGCCUGCAGGCAUCACCUCCCUCCGAGAACUGUUUGCCUGUCCCCUGUGCACACCGGGACGUUUUUAACCUCGUCUAAACAACGUGCCGGCAUCCGCCUGUGGCGCCACCUGCGUCUGGUUCCUCCACUCCAGCGCAGAUGCCCAGACCUGUCCCUCUGCCUUUCUCCUCACUGACGUGGGGGUCGGGGCCGGCAGAAGCUCCACUAAAAAUGCCCGGGGAAGGUGGGACUGUGGGCUUGCACCGGGUUUGGGUUAUGUUGUUUUCUUGGGUUUUUUGGUUUGUUUGUUUGUUUUUUCCUUUUCCAACAGCACAGGGAAGCAAGGGCCACCACUCUCGGGCAGAUGUGACUUUAAACAUCCCGUUCUAGAUGAGCACGCGGUUUGGUGACACUGCGCUGUGGAAACCCGGCGGGAGAGGGCGGCCCCGGGAGCUGGCCUGGCGCACUCCCCGGGGACUAACCGGUUCUGGAUGUUGCGUGACUCAGAUUAAAAACUGCAUCUGCAGGGGUGUCACGUAA